GUGACGUCGGAAGCACAUGUGUAUCAACUAGCCUUCCAUACUAUGGAGCGGCAACCUUUACUGUGAUGUCAAGGAGAGUAGGAGAAGGGGUGGUCUGAACCGAGACUGCUUUAAGCCUUUCUCCAUUCAUCACUCGUUAUUCAUCGGAUGAACUCUGACCAAGCAACUCUCCACUGACACGCCACUGUUCAUUCAGGGGCCACAUCACUCCGUGUGUUCCUCUCCAGACCUCACGGCAUCAUGGGGGACGUAGUUCAGAUGCACUUCAGCACAGUGGAUUAUGUGAUUUUCGUCAUGCUGCUAGUGGCCUCCGCCGGAAUCGGCCUUUACUAUGCCUUCUCAGGGGGUCGUCAGAGGACCACACAGGAGUUCCUGCUGGCCGACCGUAGCAUGCGCUGCCUUCCGGUGUCCCUUUCACUGCUGGCCACCUUUCAAUCAGCGGUGGCCAUCCUGGGUGCCCCAUCUGAGAUUUACACACACGGCACGCAGUAUUGGUUCCUGGGCUGCUCCUACUUCCUGGGCCUGCUCAUCCCUGCACACGUUUUCAUACCAGUUUUCUAUCGGCUCCACCUUAGCAGCGCGUAUCAGUAUCUGGAACUUCGUUUUAGUAAAAGUGUUCGGAUAUGUGGCACUGUGACCUUCAUCUUUCAGAUGGUGAUCUAUAUGGGAGUUGUUCUGUAUGCUCCAGCACUUGCACUUAAUGCAGUAACAGGUUUUGACCUUUGGGGGGCAGUGCUGGCCAUGGGAUUGGUGUGCACACUUUACACAGCUUUGGGUGGUCUGAAAGCAGUGAUCUGGACAGAUGUGUUUCAGACAAUUGUUAUGUUUGCGGGGCAGCUGGCAGUGAUUGUAGUUGGUACCCAUCAGGCAGGUGGCAUCGCUGAAGUUUGGAGGAAAGCACAAAACGGCAGCCGUAUCUCAGGCCUUGACCUGAACCCUGACCCUUUAGAGAGGCACACGUUCUGGACUCUGGGAGUUGGGGGAAUUUUUCUCAUGCUGGCCCUGUAUGGAGUGAAUCAGGCUCAGGUCCAGAGAUACCUCAGCUCCCGCACAGAGAAAGAGGCCAUCAUGUCCUGUUAUGCGGUGUUCCCAUGCCAGCAGAUUGUGCUCACGUUGGGCUGUUUAAUGGGUCUGGUUAUAUAUGCUCGAUAUGGAGAGGACAGCCCGCUGGAUAAGGGCUAUGUCAAAAGCAAUGACCAGAUGGUGCUGUACUUUGUAAUGGAUGUGUUGAGAGAUCUUCCUGGUUUACCAGGACUGUUUGUCGCCUGUCUGUUUAGCGGAGCUCUCAGCACAAUCUCAUCUGCCUUCAACUCCCUGGCAACGGUUACCAUGGAAGAUCUGAUCAAACCUCACGUACGACCCAUGACGGAGGCCCGUGCCACCCUGUUAUCAAAAAUGUUGGCUCUUGCCUAUGGUCUUGUGUGUCUGGCUAUGGCAUACAUCGCCUCUUUAAUGGGCUCUGUGCUGCAGGCAGCACUCAGUAUAUUUGGGAUGGUGGGUGGACCUCUUCUUGGCCUUUUCUGUCUCGGGAUGUUUUUCCCUUGGGCCAAUUCCACUGGUGCUCUGGUUGGGCUGGUAUCAGGGCUGGUCAUGGCUUUCUGGAUCGGUAUCGGCAGCUUUGUUUCACGAAUGUCUGCAUCUGUACCACCUGUGAUAAAUGCCACUGUCAUACCUGAUGUGGGAAACAUGACAACAGCUGUGAUGACGACACUCAUCACACCUAAAACAAGGCCUUCUGGAGUUCAGGCUUUGUACUCUCUAUCAUACAUGUGGUACAGUGCUCAUAAUUCUGCCACAGUUGUUGUGGUGGGACUACUGGUCAGCUUUCUCACGGGGCCCUGGAAAGAGAAAGAGUUAAACCCAGGUACGAUUUACCCUGUGCUUGGCAAUUUGCUGUUCUUUCUGCCCCAACGCUACAGGGAGAAACUCUGCUGUGUUACUCCACUGGAGGACAAUUCCAAAGGCCUGGACCGUCAGCCUUACCAGAUGGCCCAGAAAGAGAGCAUUGGCGUUGCCUAUACUAAAGAGGAAGAAAAGCUCAGGGAAGAGGAAGGAGAAAAGAUAACCGCCCAGCCUACUUGUAACCUGGCCCAUACAGUGCAGGAAACAGCCUUGUGAAAUCUCCCACACAGCGAUAGUCCUAAAGGGUCUUAGUUUCCCACAGGCUCUGGGAAGAACAAAAAUAUUGUCCACAUAAGUUGUGGGUUGUGUUGUGGGCCCUUUACAAUAUUGGUACGUUGUGCCCUCAACUGCCAGUGAUUGAGGUGAGGGGUUGUCUUAUUUAUAUGUGGUACUUUAUGAUGUUUCGAUCUUGAACAAAUUGAGAUGUGUUGAGCUGAAGCGACACAAGUGAUCACCUAAAUCUUUCAGUUUAUGUGUCAUGCCUAAAUUGAAUCUCAAGAAUACUUGUUGAAUAUUGCUGGUUCGUGAUAUACGUACACGCACAAAUCAAAGAAAUCAUGCUGAACGUCAGGUUUAAGAUGAAUGGUUUAUCACCAGAAAGACCACAGUUUGCACAAAUCUGUAGUCAUUUAAUGUCGGUGCCGUUCGAGUUUUGGGGUUUUUCGCUUCCAAAGUUCACUACAUUAGCCUUUCCAUUCUGUUUGCCUUGAAAGCACUAUUGUCAAUGUGUUUGUUCCCUAAACUGAGUUAAAAGUUUACAGUGAAUGAAGAAUUGCUAAUAUUGCAAAUUUAAAUGUGGUCAACUUUUAGCUUGACGUUCAUGAAAAGACCAUCUGCAAGUCUCAUAUUGUGAUAGAUACAAUGAAUCUAAUGCAUGUUGAAUCUAGUUCCCUCAUUGAAGCCCAUUGUUUGUGACAAGUGCCUCCUCAUAUGAAUGUAUGACGUAGUUUUGUGACUGGAUUGUUGCAUUAGUUUGCCGUUUCAUCAUCUCAUCCAAAUGGAGCAAGGGCCUGACCCUGAUAGGACCAUUUUUUCUGGACACCUCACUAUUGAAUUCCCAUGAUGCUUUGCGUUGUGAGGGCCUGGCUAACUAUACUUUAGCAUCUCAAAAAAGGAAGUUUCAGAUUUGCCUAGAUUUAAUAUUAUUUUUGGUAUGGAUGAUUUUUUUUAGAAAACGGUCUUCUGAUGUAGACAAGCUCUUUAAAUGUUAUAAUAGCCUAUUCAAAUGUUUGAUCUUAGAUG